UACCCAAGCAAUCGUGAGUCGUUCGGACAACACCCCCCGCUGCAUCGAAACAGAGGCAACUGUUCCGGUCGGUGGUGUUGCGAUAAUGGCUAGAUUGAAGAGUCCGCGUGGGCGAAUUACGUCAUACGCCCACCUGUAGCCUAGCACACAUUGAACUUUGCGACUACAGUCUACAUACCGGGUGUCUCCAUGAAUAUUGAGUUCCCAAAUCAACCCUCUAAAAUAACUUGAAUCUAUCAUCUCUCAGUCUAUCUUAGUCUCCCGAUUAUCACAUUUAUAUCAUUAUUUCAACAAUCAGUUGACGAUGAAGAACAAAGUUGAAUAUUAACGACUGCGGGGGCUAAAGAUUUUCUGAGUAAGCUCGAAAAGCUGAAAGCUUUCAGACUCACAAUAUAAAAGGAGGGAUGGAUAAAGUCAGAAGAAUGGAAGGGAGAAUGGUACUCUUGUUAACGUGACACGGGGUGUAUUCGAAUUUACUGGGGAGGGUGAAAGGCGGCGCCGACCGCACCCCGACGUCGCGACGUCAGUCGUCGUUCAAACGUGGCUCAACAAGUAUCUUUUCCUUAGAACGCUUCAUAACAGCUUAAACAAAAUUUCUCCAACAAUUUCAAAACUAAGUUCAAACAUUGUUUUUUUCCAUUCAUCAUUGAUUUUUUUUCCAUUCAUUUAAUCAAGGAUAAUUGUAUAAAUCAUUAUUAUUUACUUAUUAGAUAUUUAAUUUAUAAAAUUAAUUAUUGUUGCUGAUAAUCCAAGUUAACUGCUAAUUGGUGUUCAAUAAAAAUUGUUGGAGAUAAUGCGAUCAGAGGUAACAAACGAAGACAGUUUGAAUGAAGAUUGGACACCAAAAGAAGGACACUCAAGUAAGAGUGGACGAAAGACUUCUCGAAGGAUUGAGAGGUAUAAUUUAAGAUCUUCCAAGUCAUCUCGUACGUGUACACCAAGGGAGAAAACCCUCCGGAGACUUGAGAGUAACGAGAGAGAACGAAUGAGGAUGCACAGUCUCAACAACGCAUUCCAGAGUUUGAGAGAAGUAAUACCUCAUGUAAGUAAAGAGCGUCGUUUAUCAAAAAUUGAAACUCUUACAUUAGCCAAAAAUUAUAUUGUCGCAUUGACGGAUGUAAUUUGCGCAAUGAGAAGUGACGAGCAAUCAGCGAAUGUUCAAACUCCGGGAAUUGAUGGGGAGACAUCUGAUCGUAUGAAUGAUUGCCUCAAUAUGAACACGCCUACAUCAUCAAGAUCUUCUAGUCCGGAAAUACAGAGAUUUUGUAAUGGUAAUCAAGUUAAUUCACUGUGGGAAGAUAAUUAAAACUGUUCGAUAAUUUAUUCAUUAAAUAAUUACUAAGUCAUAAGUAUAUUUUAAGAUAAAUUUUAUGUAGAUUUUUUCUCAUCAAAAGUGCUAAGGAACUUCUCAACUUGAAAGCGAUCGAAACUUAUUCUAAAUCACUAUUUCCUUAGAUUCGAUUUUGUGAUAUAUUUAUUAAUUUCGAAACUCAACGAUUAAAUCAUCAAUCAAUUAGUAAUCAUUACAUAUUUUGCCAUAAAAAAAGGCCUCAAAGUAUACCGAAGAACUAGGUUGAAAUUUAUUUAAUUUUAUCAUUAUUAUAGUUAUGUUAUUAUUGAGUCAAUUAAAUAUUACUAAUGAUAGAAGAUAAAUUGAAAAA